ACCAUUUACCAAGCACAAUACCACAAAAUGCUAUAAAAUGUUAGCAAUGUCCACAGCUGACUGUCUGUUAACGUUUCAGUUUACACAGCUUUAAGUUACCGUUAAGUAAUCUACUUCGUUGUUUUUUAUCAGUACAACUAAUUGUGCACGCAGUUGGUCGUUGCAUGUGGACCUAUUUCUAAAAAAUAUCAAACUUAACAGAUACUAAAAAAUGACUUUGUUCGUGCUAAUUAAACUGGCAGCGUUGAUGUGCUGCCUAGCCAAUGCUCAGCAGACGACAGGAUUUGCCGGUGGAAGCCCACCUAUGCCGCCUCCCGGCAGCAGUCAACCUCCCGGACCACCUCCUCCAAACGGACCACAUCCGCCACCAGGCGGCCAACCUGGCCAGUUCCCACCCCCGUCAGCCGAUGCCAACAGACAAGCUCCAGUAGGACCCAAGCGGGCAGUUGCCGUUCUGGGAGGCGCUGGAAACAAUACCGGCGUGCAUGGGUAUGUCGUUUUCGAUCAGACCAUGCCUGGACUGCCCGUUCAGAUUUCUGGACUCAUCUCCGGCCUUGCGCCUAACAGUCUGCACGGAUUCCAUAUUCAUAAUUUUGGCGACAUACGGAAUUCCUGUCUCAGUGCCGGCUCUCAUUUCAAUCCUUCCAACGAAACACAUGGUGCCCCAACCGAUGCUGUGCGCCAUGUGGGUGAUCUGGGGAAUAUUUUGGCCGACGCUAAUGGCGAAGCAAAAAUCACGUUGGUCGACACCGUUAUAACUCUGGGAUUUUCCGAAACGUGUGUCAUUGGGCGAGCGGUUGUUUUGCACGACAAAGUCGACGAUCUAGGAUUAGGCGGAAGCACCGACAGCAAAACUACUGGAAAUGCAGGAAGUCGUAUUGCUUGUGGAGUGAUUGGGAUAGCCAACAGCACGAUUGUAUGAUCGCAUCGACCAGGUGUGAAAGCAUGAAAAUGCGGCUAAAAUGUUGCCCUACAAACUGCAAAUUGAUGAUUGUGCCAGUGUGCCUAUGGUUAUUGUGUAAUGUAUAGCGAUCUGAUGCGGAACAUCAUUAUUUUAACAUUUUUAAUACAUAACCCUUAUGGACCUUUUAUUGUUCUUUUUUCGACCCGCGUACAUAGGGCAUUAGCAGUCAGUUUCGCAUGUGUAGAUAAAGAUCAAAA